UUAAAAACUUUGACUUUGUUGUCCUUACUAUCAAAUGUCAUUUCAAUUUAUUUUGUACGUCAAAAUUUGGUGGAAAUGAGUAGAAUAAUAAUUUAAUUUAAAUAAUCUAUAAUGUCAACUAAAGAAGAACAAGAUACACCACCUAAUCAAACACAAGAGUCUGAGGAACAUUCAGCUAGUGGUAGCAGCUCUGAAGACGAGCAAGAGGAGAAUAUGGAACAUUUGCGUAGAUUCUUUGCAGAGAAGCUUAAUUUUUCAAAAGCCGAAGACAAGGAAAAAGUAAAGGUGCUAAAUGAUGUGUCCAUUGAUGGCAUAGUUAACUACAUUAAUGAAAAGAACUGUAAAAAUAUCAUUACUAUGGCAGGUGCUGGAAUAUCAACUUCUGCUGGAAUCCCAGAUUUCCGCUCACCAGGUACAGGCUUAUACCACAAUCUCCAAAAGUAUAAUUUGCCACAUCCCCAAGCAAUUUUCGAGUUAGACUUCUUUCACAAUAAUCCGAAGCCAUUCUUUGAGUUGGCAAAAGAACUUUACCCAGGUACAUUCAAACCGACAUUGUGCCAUUAUUUUGUUAAAAUGUUAGAUGAAAAAGGAUUGCUCCUAAGACAUUAUACUCAAAAUAUUGAUACUCUGGAAAGGGUUGCAGGAAUACAUGAAGAUAAAAUUGUUGAAGCUCAUGGCACAUUUCAUAGAGGGCAUUGUUUGAAGUGCAGAGAAGAGUAUAGUCAAGACUGGAUGAAAGAAAUCAUUUUUAAAGAUGAAAUUCCAUCAUGCGAAAAAUGUUCUGGAGUUGUAAAACCAGAUAUAAUAUUCUUUGGUGAGGUAUUACCAACUAAAUUCUAUAAUGGUUUAAAGACAGACUACUCAAAAUGUGAUUUACUAAUAAUUAUAGGAACUUCAUUGGCAGUACAACCGUUUGCUUCCUUAGUGGAUAGGGUUGAAGAUCAUGUACCGCGGAUUUUAAUAAACAGAGAAAAAGCAGGACACCGAUCAAGCAUCAUGACUAUGCUUGGAAUGGGAGGAGGCUUAAAUUUUGAUUCCAAAGAUAAUACAAGGGAUGUUUGUUGGUUGGGAGAUUGUGACGAGGGAUGUCUACUAUUUGCUGAAAAAUUAGGAUGGGGGGAUGAAUUACGACAAAGAGUUAAAGAAGAACAUGAAAAAAUAGACAAAGUUAAUGAAAAGGUAAACGUAACAAAGAAACCAGAUUCAGAAGGAAAGCAAUUACCAAAGUUAUAAUAAAAAUAUCAAUGUUAAUCAAAUUAAAAUAUAAAUAAAUAAAAUAACUACAUAACAUCUUUGAAAAAUGCUGUUAUUGUUAAAAUAAAAAUGUUACAGCUUA